AUGACGAUCAAAACUAGAAGUACAACUAUCCAAAGACCUUUUGAUAUCUUCAUUCUACUUGCUAUCUUUGCCAACUGUGUGGCCCUGGGUGUAUCUAAACCCUUCCCUGAGGAGGACUCCAAUUCCACCAACCACAACCUGGAACAAGUAGAGUAUGUCUUCCUGGUCAUCUUCACCAUUGAAACCUUCACUAAGAUCCUGGCCUAUGGCUUGGUCAUGCACCCUAGCGCCUACAUCCGCAGUGGCUGGAAUUUGCUUGAUUUUGUCAUCGUUGUCGUCGGGUUGUUCAGUGUGGUUGCUGAGGGGACGGCCGACCACAAGCCUGGAGAGGCCCACCACGCAGCAGGCAAACCAGGAGGACUGGAUGUCAAAGCGCUCCGAGCCUUCAGGGUGCUGCGACCCCUUAGGCUGGUGUCUGGCGUUCCCAGUAGGUUUGCGUGUCUGUGUACAUGUGUGUGUGUGUGUGUGUGUUUCAGUAAAACCCAUCUCUCUGCUGGGUGAAUGUGUGUGUGUGUGUGUGUGUGUGUGUGUG